ACACUCGAUUAAGAUUUUUAUGAAGCAUUAAAUAUCUCUUGAUAUAUAAAUUGUCUGACUCUUCUUGACGAGAGCGAGGUAAAUCUUAAAAAUAUUUAAUGGCUCAUCAUCACACAACGUUGUGUUGUUGAGGCACUGAUGGGCACUGAUCCACUGAUGUGAUAAAAACAUGAUGUUUUAUUUUUGGACUUUUAAUUAAAAUUGACAACACAAUCGGUAAAGACUUAACUUAUCAGAGCUUUAUUUUAUUUUGUUUACUGAAAUUUCCAGACUCUUUCUCAUGUCAUUAAACACCUUUGUCGAGAGGAACAAUGGUACACACCAGCAGGGGCCUGCAGGGCCAGCUCCACCACCGCCACCACCUCCAGCUGUUCGCGACUCGGAGAAAAGACGAUCAUCUUUAAAAAAUUGUGAUGCUGAUUCCCAUGAGUCCACUGUGGAAAAACUCACACAAAGAUUGGUUGACUGGAAUUCAUUUGGUGGAUCAGCUUCUGGCUUGGUAAUUUCGAGAUAUGUUCAACAUAUACCACAAGUUGGUCCAAAGUGCGGCAUAGUUGCCCUGAAUAUGGCGCUGUCAAUUUUUUUGGAGAAAGAAAUUUGUGUUGAGGAGAUCUUACAAGUUGCUAGGGAGAGGAGAUACACAAACCACGGAGAAAUGUUCUCAGCUGAAAAUCUCAGGCUACUAGCUUUAAAUUUUACACCGCACAUUGAGGUGCAAAUGAUCAACUCUGAACAACUGCGAGAUGGUUCUUUCAUAGCAACAAGUAUCGCCGCAGGGGAUGUGCUGCUUGUGCCGUAUGACUCGGCCAGGAAUUUUUCACCCGAGUGUUUGCGCGGCCACAAAGCGCAUUGGGCAAUCAUAACAGGAAUCAUAAUCCCAUUGAGCGAAAAACUCUGCGCUCAGCCCUUACACAAUUUUAAGAGUAUGGAGCCAGGUCCAGCAGCGCUAGCAGAAGUGGCUAAUUACUUGCCAUCAAAUUUCAUCCACGUGCUAGCUCUGCAAGGGAAAAGCAGACUUCUGAGUGCAUGGCCACUGCUGGCCUUGGCUGCCAGUAACGAAAACUUAUUUCAAUUUGAUCCUGAAAGGGAGGCUAGUGAUCUGGAAUACAUUGUACCUGAGGGGGGACUGAGACAAGGUCUUUGUGGGAAAGCUCUCCUUUUUAAAUCCACCAACUAAUUACACACUUCUCUAUACAAAAUGUGAUCAGACUUGUUUUAUUGGGGACAAGUGAAUAAAGAAAUCCUUUUCGUUUCAAUAUUAA